AGAUGGUCGCCAAAGUUGCGGGAUAUGUUCCGCUAACUCUGUGUUUGUAAGCGCAUUUAAAAUAUAUAUUCUUUAGAAAAAUGACGUCGAUAUUAAGAAACUGUUGGAGACUGUCGCGAAGUUUACCAGCCGCUACGCCGAAAUGUUAUGCUGUCGCUUCUCCGUCAAUAGUAAGGUACAACACCACGACUACCGACGAGAAAACCGAGAAAAUCGAGACUCGUCCCACGGUACGGAAACCCAGUCACGUUGAUGUUGAUCGUCUGAUACACUUUGGCCGUUACAUCAACGAUUGUCUGCCCAAAUACAUACAACAAGUACAGCUGGCUGCUGGCGACGAGCUGGAAUUGUUAAUUGUCCCUGACGGCAUCAUACCUACGUUUACAUUUUUAAAGGAUCAUCAUAAUACACAGUUCGUUAAUCUGUCAGACAUUACCGCUGUAGAUGUGCCCAGUAGACAGUACAGAUUUGAGCUCGUUUACAAUCUACUGUCGUUGCGAUACAAUUCGCGUAUCAGAGUUAAAACGUACACCGACGAGUUGACGCCGGUUGACUCCAUCUACAGCGUUUUCAAAGCUGCUGAUUGGUACGAGCGAGAGAUAUGGGAUAUGUUUGGUGUAUUUUUCUUGAAUCAUCCCGAUCUUCGUAGGAUCCUUACGGACUAUGGCUUUGAAGGGCAUCCACUAAGGAAAGAUUUUCCACUCAGCGGAUACGUUGAGGUGCGCUAUGACGACGAAUAUAAAAGAAUAGUGAUUGAACCAUUAGAAUUGACUCAGGAAUUCCGUAAAUUUGAAUUAGCUGCCCCGUGGGAGCAGUUUCCUAAUUUCCGGGACGCUCCGUCAUCAACUGCUGAACCUGCUUCGAAGGAAAAGUAACUGCUCUCACUUAGAUCAUAGUUAUUGCCCGAGUAAGCAAGUAUAAAUAUAUUGAUAAAGUGUAAUGUACAUUGAUAGAUAUUCUUUUCUCUUGUUAACCAUUUCUGGAUGCCCGAUUCAUGGACAUUUUAGAAAUAUAGAGAAUAAUGUUACAACUGUAUUUAUUUCGAAGCAUAUUCUACAUUACAAAAUUCCAUUUAUUUUGA